AAUCAUACAGGGGGCGUCGAGAUUAUCUCGCCGCCGACGGCCGCGGAGAGCGACUGGCAACGAACAAUCCAUAAAGUGUUCCGCGCCAUUAGCAAGGAUUUUGAGUUAUACACCAACCACCUUUGCUCCUCCCACGUUCACGUCUCACGCGGACCAGACCCGAAGGCCAAGUACGGUAAGACUGACCUCAUCGACAUCGCAAAGGGCGCCUUCUUCUGGGAAGAGGCGCUGAGGGGGCUUUUGCCCUACGCACGGCAGGUAAACAGAUACGCGUUGCCCAACCAUGAUGCUUUCGCGUCAGAUGAGUAUUUAAGAGUCGGGGUCGACGGCUGGGGUCCGCUCUUCGACAAGCUCGUGGACCUGAUGGGAGCGCAGGGCACGCCCGACAAGGAGAGAAAGGAGGCGUUUGCCAAGGGUCUGCACGCAGUGGCCCGGGACGGAACUCCAGUGAAGUACUUGUCGACUAACUUCCUGUCAUUUCUGAGAAUUGACACUGUCGAAUUCCGUCGACAGGCUGGAGCUGCCUCAGCCACGACUGCCAUCUACCGGGUAUUGCUGGCCCUCACCCUCAACGUCAGCGCCUUACACUACCCGUUCAGAAACGCCUCGGGGUGGAAGGGCUAUAAGUCUACGGAAGAACUGAUUCUGGAGGCGAUGCGCACUCUUCACGAACUGCCGCGCAAUUGUGAGCAGCCGGGGUUCGAAGGGUGGUUGAGGACUUGCGCCGCGGACUAUGCGCAUGAGUCCGACACUUACACCAAGUUCACGGAAAAGGACAUCAAUAAGAAGGAAAAGCAGCUGCGAAAGAAGGAAGGGUCAGAACCCGAGCAGGAGGCAGAAGCCGGGUCGUCAUCCGCCCCA